CAAUGAAGCUUAGCAAACUCAAACCCCCAAACACAGCUUUACAUUUGAGAUAAUAUCUUGUAUUUCUUCAUUUGUUCUUUUCCACUACUCUACUAGCAAGCCACACUCACGAAGGAAUGGCGCCACCGCCAAGUAGCGACGCCGAUGAACCAAGUGACGUCACUUCGUCCGAUCCACUAACGGAGGAUACAACCGCCACCAAGAAGCGGAGUUUGAACUCCUCCACCGCCGGAACCCUAACAUUACCAUCUUCCUCUUCAAAUACUCCGGAAGAUUCCCUUCACAUACCACUACUUCCCAAUCUUCCAUUCGAGCUCAUCAUAGAAAUCCUCUGCAGACUUCCGGUGAAAUCCCUGAUGCAAUUCCAAUGCGUCCACAAAUCCUGGAAAUCUCUAAUCUCCGAUCGCCAAUUUGCCAAAAAACACCUUCGCAUGUCGACAAAGGAUCAUCACCACCUCAUCACAACUUUGGCUAAUUCGGAACGGGACGGGUUCAGCUACAAUGAUUACCCUCUCACCUCUCUCUUCAAACAAGUCACCACCACCGCCAUGCAACUAGAGCACCUUCUAACAAAUGGUGGAUACCGUUUUGAUCACAUAGUUGGCUCUUGUCAUGGCAUUCUCUGCAUUGCAAUCGGUCCCGGUUCAGUUCUUUUGUGGAACCCUUCCAUUCGGAAAUUUACCAAAUUGCCCUGUUUGGACGAGACUCCACGUCCGGAGCAUGACUAUCAAUUUUCAUUUGGCUAUGAUCAUUCCAGUGACAGUUAUAAGGUUGUUGUUUCGUUGUACAAUGCAAUUGUUUUUAUUAAUGGUAACAGGGUUUUUAAUCCUCUAGUAAAGGUUCAUACUUUAGGUACCAAUUCUUGGAGAACCAUUCAAGACUUCCCUUCUGGUUUGGUACGCGAAGAUUCGUUGCUGGGAAAAUUUGUUUGUGGAACUAUUAAUUGGUUAGCACUUAAAAUUCAGACUCCUCCAUGGAUCAUUAUUUCUCUUGAUUUGGAGAUGGAAUCUUAUCAAGAGAUUGUGCAGCCUGAUUAUGGAGGCGAAACCACCUUGACUUCUUUAAAAUUAGGAGUGUUGAGGGAUUGCUUAUGCAUAUUUUCUCGUAGUAGUGAUACGUUUACAGAUAUUUGGCUUAUGAAGGAAUAUAGAAAUAAAGAAUCUUGGAUCAAAUUAUUCCGUGUUCCUGACAUAAGAGAUCUUGAUUCUUUUCCUUAUGUUUAUCCACUUUAUGUUUCUGAGGAUGAUCAAGUGCUACUGCAGAUUGAGUCAGAAUUGUUUGUUUAUAAUUCCAGAGACAGUACUUUUAAGGAUCUCAAUAUUCGAAACACCAAUGGUGUGACAGGUACAACAGUCUACCAUGAAAGUUUGAUAUCACCAUGUUUUUAAAUGGUGAUAUGUAUGUUAGAAGUUAUGUUAUGCUACUUGUCUACUGGAUUCUUCAACUCCCUAAUUGCAACUUGUAUGUUAAAUCGUUGAUUUACAUUUGUGUUAUGUAUUUUAUGUAUACUGGUCACUUAUUGGUUUAUUGUUUAAUUAUUGGUCAAUGGAAUUUGCAGCAUAGUUCUUUUAUUGUGCCUUUCAUUUUAUGGUCAGUGAUUUGGUUUUCUAAGUGUUAUGCACAAUCACUUGUAUGUUUGAUGCAGUUAAAAAAAAAAACUUGUAUGUUUGUUAAAUUUUUUGCUGACGGCUACACUAGCUUCAUAGAUUGAUAUUCUUGUGCCAAAA